AUGUCGACCGAGAAAGAACCCAAGAAUACCGUCGACCCGACGCUCUACCUCAAUGAGCCCGUCGAUGAGGAAGUCGGUGUCACCAAGAGGGGUGACGCCCUCAGGAAGGACCUUAAGAGUCGGCACAUGCAGAUGAUUGCCAUCGGUGGUUCAAUCGGUGCUGGUCUCUUCAUUGGUUCUGGUAGUGCUCUGGCAAAUGGUGGCCCUGCCUCCCUGGUUAUUUGCUACCUCAUUGUCGGUUUGAUGUUGCUCUUCACCAUGCAGGCUUUGGCUGAAAUGGCUGUGCUGUAUCCCGUCAACGGUGCCUUCUUCACCUAUGUUGUCCGUUUCGUUGAUCCGUCGUGGGGUUUCGCCGUCGGUCUGGACUACGCACUUUCGUGGCUCACUGUCCUGCCUUUUGAGCUCACAGCUGCCUCUCUCACUAUUGGUUUCUGGAGAAAGGAUCUGAGCGUUGCUAUUUGGAUCAGUGUUUUCUUGGUCCUUCUCAUCAUUAUUCAGUUCUUUGGUGUCCGUGGAUACGGUGAAGUUGAGUUCAUCCUGUCCAUCAUCAAGAUCUGCGCCUGUAUCGGGUUCAUCCUCUUCGGUAUCAUCUACAACUGCGGUGGUGUAGGCGACCAGGGAUAUAUUGGUGCAAGAUAUUGGUACGAUCCCGGUGCUUUCAAUCAUGGCUUCAACGGUUUCGCCGGUGUCUUCUCGGUCGCCGCCUUUUCCUUCUCUGGAACAGAGCUUAGUGGUCUCGCUGCUGCUGAGUCUGCCAACCCCCGCAAGGCCAUUCCCAAGGCCACCAAGCAGGUCUUCUGGCGUAUCCUCUUCUUCUAUGUCAUCAACUUGCUGAUUUUGGGUCUCAUCCUGCCCUACGAUGACAAGCGCCUGGCAGAAGGUUCGACCGCCAACACCAAGUACUCCCCCUUUGUCAUGGCUAUCCAGGAUGCCGGUGUUCAAGUCCUCCCUCACAUUUUCAAUGCCGUCAUUACCAUCUCUGUCAUUAGCGUCGCCAACUCUUGUACCUAUGGCUCUACCCGUACGCUCCAGGCUAUGGCUGAGCGUGGCAUGUGGCCUAGUAUCUUUGCUUAUGUCGACAAGAAGGGCCGUCCCCUCUGGUGUGUGGUGCUUCAGCUGGCUUUCGGCUUUCUUGCCUACAUUGGUGUUGCUGGCAACCAGGGAACAAUCUUCAACUGGUUGCUAUCUCUCUCGGGUCUGUCCUCCUUCUUCGUCUGGGGUUCGAUUUGCUUGGCCCACCUCCGGUUCAGGGCAGGAUGGAAGCACCAGGGUUAUGGCCUCCAACAGCUGCCAUACCAGGCCCCCGCUGGCGUCAUUGGUAGCGUCAUCGGCCUGAUGCUCAACUGUCUUGCCAUUAUUGCCACCUUUUACACCGCGCUCUACCCGAGCCCUGACGCCUCACCCGACCCCGAAGUAUUCUUCCAGGUCUUCCUGGCUGCCCCGGUCUCCAUUGCAUUCUAUCUCUUCUGGAAGAUCUAUAGCCGCGACGGAAGAUUUUUCGUGCGCGUUCAUGAGAUGGACCUCAAGUCUGGCCUUCGUGCGCUACUGCCCGAGGACGAGCCAGUUCCGGAGAAAACCUGGAAGGGCCUGCCCAUGCGCAUUGUCCGCUCUGUUUUCUAA